AUGACAGCCCGGCUCAAGGAAGCAGCACAGAGAGCAUGGGACGGGAGGGACCUGCCGUUCCUGUCUCUGCAACCACCACAGCCAUCAGUCAUGCAUGGUCUCAGGCCUCAACCAGCAGAAGACAAGACGUGCACUGCAGCAGCCGCAUCGAGCCUUUUGCGUGAGCUUGGCGAAAGGGAGGAGAUGGAUACACAGCAGUUAUCGAGAGCAGCAGACGCCAUCGACAAUGCAUUGCUCCACUCGGCAACAUCGGACUCUUCCUCGCCCCUUUCCGCCGCGCAACCAUCCACCUCCCCGCUCACCCCCGCGCCCCUCCCUUGCCCCUGCGCCAUCUGCUCCCGCCGCGCGCUCAUUUCCGCCUCUCUCCUCCUCUCCGCCUCCGCGCUUCCCGCAGACUCAGCCGAUUCCGCCGCGGCGGCUUCCGCGCAGACGGCGGAGGCGGCACAAGCGGCGCUCGCGGCGGUGCGCGGCGGGAAAUGGCGGUGGCAGGAGGAGCUAUUCGCGUGGAUGAUGGCGACCGGUAUGAAGGAGUAUGAGGAGAGUGUAGAGGGGUAUAAGCUGGCUUUAUUCGAGCCGCUUAGAUCGGAAAUUGGUAGAGUAACAGGAGGGCAGGGUGGUGAAGCAGUUGGAGGAGAAGGGACGGUGGAAUCUGGGAGCGAUGCGGUUUUCAGAGUGGUGGAGAUCGGUGUAGGAGCAGGCCCCAACUUCCGCUUCUACACCCAGAACUCGUUACAGACACAAUCCGCGCCAGGCAGUGCGUCAGCGAAAUUAAACGCAUUCUCAAGCCUGGAGGAAGGUAAGGCGUUGUGCUGUUUGUACCCUCUCCUCUUCUCUCGCCUCCUUUUCUCCCCUCUCCUUUUCUUCUUCGUCUCCUCCUCUUUCUCCUUGUUCUCCCUCUCCCUCCUUUUCUCCCCCCCUUCUCUGUCUUCUUCUCCCUCCUCUCCUCUUCUCUUCCUCCUCCCUUCUCCUUCUCCUCCUCUCUUCCCUCCCUUUUCUCCUCUCCCAUCGCCCUCUCUCUUCUCUCUCUCCCUUUUUCUCACCCCGUCCCUCCCAGCUAUUACUUCCUGGAGCACUUACUAUUUCCUGGAGCACGUGGCAGCACCGCAGGGCACCGCUCUGAACACCUGGCAGCGGCUGUUGGACCCACUGCAAUCUGCACUGGCAGACGGGUGUCAUCUCACACGCAGCCCUUUGACUGCCAUCAAGCUCGCGGGGUUUGGUGCGGUGCAAGCAAGGGAGGUCAUGGUUCCGGGGCUCUCGUUGCUGGCGCCACAUGUUGUCGGCACGGCUGUGAAGGCUUAG